AUGGCUGCGAAUUCGUGGACAAGAGAGGAGAACGAGCAGUUCAAGAAUGCAUUGAAGUUGUUCUGUGCGUUUUCGCCUGCUCGGUUCCAAAGUAUGGCCGAAUAUCUGCACAAACCGGUGGUCCAUGUCAAGGAGCAUUACGACGAAAUGGUCGACGACCUUUUAGAGAUCGGAUCGAUUGGUCUGUUGUCUGAAGAGUUGACUGAGGCAAUGCUUCAGAGUUUGUACCAGGUCGAGAGAACCGUAUGGAAUAAAGAAGAACAUGAAUGGUUUCUGAUCGGGAUGAAGCGGUUUGAAAAAGAUUGGGGAAAAAUCGCGGUCUUAUUGAAUUCCAAGAACCAGACGCAAGUCGCGAUCUAUGCACAUAACUUCUUUUACUGGCAAACCUCAAUGAAAAAUGUGAUAAAACGGUCAAGGGCCAACAACAUAACUAUGAUGGACACCAACAUGGAUCCGAGGGUCCAGCAAGGGAGCCUCUUUCAGCAGCAGCCGCGGCCACAACAAGAGUCGAUGGGGCUGGACAUCGGUCCGAAUGCUAAGGCUUCCGGCUCCAAAUCAUCUCGUCCAUGA